UCAAUAUGUCCAACUGUGCUAUCAAACAUUAAAUUCAAAAUAAAAGUAAAAUGUAACAUUUAAAGUUUUUUACACAAUGCCACCUAACAGAAGCAAUUUCUAGAAAUCCAUCGAAAACUCUUUGGAAAACAUCGGAACGACAUUCAUUCAUUUUAUAAAUGACAUUGUGAUCGUGAUCGUGACAAUUCUUAUUGGAGCAUACUGUGAAACGUUUUCGUUACGAUAGUUUUUAUUGCAAUUUGUACUCGAGUUUAAUUCAACAAAAUGCCACGACGAGGACGAUCAGCAAGUCCGCCACCAGCUCCACAGCGGCGUGCUGCGCCACCACCGAGCAAUGUGCCCGCUCAUGCACCUCCAUCAAGCCCAGGGCCUGUCCAUGCUCAACCUCAACAACCUUCAUUAUUCGGUCAGAUGGCCGCAACCGCUGGCGGUGUCGCUGUAGGAUCAGCAGUGGGACAUGUCGCUGGUAGUGCUCUGACUGGAAUGUUCAGUGGUGGCAGCAGUGAGCCUGCACCACAGCAGCAGGCACCUGCAGCACAGCCCGUAUACAACCAGGCCCAACCACCGCAGGGCCCUUGCGCAUGGGAGAUCAAACAGUUCAUUGAGUGUGCCCAACAACAGCAUGACCUGUCACUCUGUGAGGGAUUCAAUGAAGCUCUCCGCCAGUGCAAAAUUAACAACCAUAUCUAAUUUAUUAGAUUCUUAGAAGGCCCCACUAGUUUAAAUUCAUAUUUCUUUCGGAAAAGGUUCAAAACGCUAUUUUACUCAAUGUUACUUCACUAGUGAAAUUAUGGGGCGCCUUCUAUAAUUUAUAGUGGAGGGACAAUACAAGUUAUAUAGUAAAU